AUGGGCUCAGGUGCACGCCCGACUGGGACGUGGGAGGGGAGGGAUUUCCUGGGCAUCCCUCAGGUGGUCGACUACCUGACUCAGUACUCCGGCAUCAAACCCGGAGAUCUGGAUGCAAAGAUUUCUUCGAAGCAUCUGACGACUCUGAAGUCCACGUACCUGAAACUGCGCUUCCUCAUCGACACGGGAGUUCGCUUCGUUGGUCACGGCCUACAGAAGGACUUCAGGGUCAUCAACCUGCUGGUUCUCAAAGACCAAGUGGUCGACACCGUCUACCUGUUCCAUCUGCCCCGCAAGAGGAUGAUUUCUCUGAGAUUCCUCGCCUGGUAUUUUCUAGACCUCAACAUCCAGGGCGAAACCCACGACAGCAUUGAAGACGCUCGCACCGCUCUGCAGCUCUACAGGAAGUACCUGGAGCUGAGUCGCGGAGGCGGGAACGACGAAGUGAGGAAGGUGCUGAAGGGACUCUACGAGAAAGGUCGCCAGCUCGACUGGAAAGUCCCGGACUCAGACGCAGGAGAUGGUCAAGGUGCUGCUGUGUUUCCCUCUGUGAUGGGGCUGUGAGCUGCACCGUUGCUCCUGGACUCAAAUCUCCGCUUGAUCAGUUCGUGUUUUGUACUUUGCAUUUGUUCUCGCAGAGUCCGUGUUGUUCGCUGCAGCUCGGUGACCGCGCAGUUUUUUUAAUCAGUCAACAUUUGAACUUUUCAUUUUUUGUUUUUCAGAAAAAGUAAAAUGUGAAUUGGAUUUCGGAGCCUUUUUAAAAAAAGUUUUCUGGUGAAUGUAAAUAAUUAAACGCAUUGUGAGCA